AUGGCUUUCGAAGCCCUCAACAAGAUGGUAUCAUCAUCCAACCUGUUCCAACAUCAAUACGGAUACAACUCCACUUUGAUAAAUACCAUAACCCCUAAAUCACUUCACGCACCUUUCUACCAUCUCACCGAUCCUCAGCAUAUCGCCAUAGCCUCCUCAAAGACAUUCAACCUACUUUGUCCGAUAGUGGUAUACUGGCUGAUAUGUACACUAUGGCAUCAUCUGGAUACAGCGAAAUAUCCAUAUUUCGAAAAAAGACGUAUACAUGAAUCACCCGAAAUCAUCGCUCGAAAUAAAGUAUCUUUCUCGGAAGUCAUCAAAGCUGUCUUUUUCCAGCAUUGUAUUCAAAUCGUUUUGGGGUGGUUAUGGUUCGAAGAUACCGAUGUGAUCUUAAAGACACAGUUUUAUACGGAUCAUAUAACCAAAAUGUCCGAUUUGGCACCAUGGGUAGCAGAUGGUACGUUACUUGUUCUCGGUAAACGAACUGGUGAACAGGUGUUGUACAAAUAUGGAGAGAAGUUGGUAGCUUGGAUAUAUUGGUGGGGUAUUCCUCUUGUUCAAAUGUAUUUUGCUUUCUGGGUUACCGAUACAUGGCAAUAUUUCUGGCAUCGAGCUAUGCACAACAACCGAUUCCUAUAUCGACAUUUCCACUCUCAUCAUCAUCGUCUAUAUGUCUCUUUCGCUUUCGGUGCGUUGUACAACCACCCAGUUGAAGGCUUCAUUUUGGACAGUUUAGGUUCGGCCGUAGCGGAGAAAAUGGCAUUUAUGACUAUGCGUCAAGCUACUUUACUAUUCACAAUCUCAAGUAUCAAGACUGCCGAUGAUCAUUGUGGAUAUAAACUUUGGUGGGAUCCUUGUCAAUUGUUAUUUGCGAAUAACGCGGAUUAUCAUGAUAUUCACCAUCAAGCUUACGGUAUCAAAUCGAAUUUCUCCCAACCUUAUUUCACGAACUGGGAUAAGAUACUCGGUACUCAGAUGUCAAGGGAAGAAGCAGAUAGUAAGACGAGAUGGAAGAAAUUAGGUCACGAAUAUGCCGAACAUGACAAACACAAUGUCGUUUCGGAGAGUCAUGCGAAGAAAGUGGAUUAA